UUUGAAAGAUUUGAAAUGUUUUGAUGUGUUCUAUAAACAUUUUAUUAAACAUUGAUUAUUAAAAUGGCAACAAGUGUUAGUGUAAAUACUAAACUUAUUACUCCGACUGUUGAACAAAUUAAUGCAGAUAUCAUAACACAGCUUGCUGAAGAAUAUUGGGCUCCACAUUCAAAGGAUAAUCAUAAACCUUUCAAUGCAAAAGUUAUCGAGGAUAUAUAUCUUCAAGAAAUCGUUGCGUAUAAUUUCGCAAUACGACGUAUUAUGGUAUUAGAAUUCAGUCAGUAUUUAGAAAACUAUUUGUGGCCAAAUUUUACUUCCGAAAGUUCACAAGCACAUCUUAUGUCCAUUGUGGUAAUGCUAAAUGAAAAAUUUCGUGAACGGGUUCAAGCAUGGCAGGCAAUCAUUAAAAAACCCGAAUGCUUUGGAGAUUUUUUCCAAAAUGUUUUAGCGUUAUGCUUAAAAGAGAAUGGAUGUUCGUUAAAAGAAAAGACAGCGUUACUUGUAUUUUUAAAUCAUUGUUUUAAUAGUAUGGAAGUUACAAUAUGUCGAGAUCAGGUUAAAAGAUUAGUGUCGUUAUCAAUGUGGAUUUCUUUACAACCAGCCAGACGUGAACAAGAAUUUAAAUCGUAUCCAAAAUGGCGUAAAUAUUGGCGUGCAAUUAAGAAAAAAGACAAUCCUGAUCAAAUUGAACGUUUAACAUGGGAACGAAUGUUUUUACAUCGUUUAAUGUUAAAUUUUAUAAAAAUAUUAGAAAGUAUACCUGCAGAAGGUGAUAUAUCGGAGGAUAAGGUACGAUAUUGUGAACGAUUUCUUGAAUUAAUAAUCGAUUUGGAAGCAUUAUUACCAACUAGAAGAUUCUUUAACACUGUUCUGGAUGAUUGUCAUGUAGUGGUACGAUGUCAAUUGGCUCCAUUAACUACACGACCUGAAGGUCAUCUUUUCAGUCAGCUUUUAGACAUGCUAAAAUUCUAUGCAAGAUUUGAAAUUAGUGAUGAUUCUGGUGAUCCUUUAUCGGAACAUGAUAUGACGCAAAUUCAUUACAAUCGUAUUACAUCGUUACAAAGGGCUGCAUUUGCACGUUUUAAAAAAUUGCGAGCAUUUGCCUUAGCUAAUGUAGCAAGUGUUGAUACGAGAAAUGGAUUAAUGAAACAUUUUGGUUCGUUGAGCACAAAAGAAUUACAUGAAAUAGCAGCAUAUUUAAAUUUGGUAGCUCCACCAGGUCCUGAUCUUAGUGAAGAAGACAAACGUACAUUAGAAUGGUGUCGUCUUGAUGAAACAUUUCUACGUGAAUUACUUAUUUCACGACAUGAGCGUCGUGCAUCACAGCUAGAGGCAUUAAAUGAAAUGCCUUUAUACCCUACCGAAGACAUUAUAUGGGAUGAAAAUAUUGUACCUACUGCAUACUUUAGUGGUGAAGGAUGUUUAGCAUUGCCAAAAUUAAAUUUACAAUUCUUAACAUUACACGAUUAUUUAUUACGUAAUUUUAAUUUAUUCCGCUUAGAAAGCACAUAUGAAAUUCGACAAGAUAUUGAAGAUGCUGUAAGUCGUUUAUGUCCAUGGCAAGCUGAAGAUAGUACUGUUUAUUGGGGUGGUUGGGCUAGAAUGGCACAACCGAUUACGAGUUUUGCUGUUGUAGAAGUUGCAAAACCAAACAUUGGUGAAAAACGUCCAUCACGUGUUCGUGCCGAUGUCACAGUAAAUCUGUCUGUUCGACCUGAAAUUAAAAACGAAUGGGAAAAUUUACGUAAACAUGAUGUAUGUUUUUUGGUGUCUGUAAAGCCACCUAAUCCAAUAGGUACCAAAUACGAUUAUAAACAGCCAUUCAUACCACAAACUGGUUUAUAUGCUGUACGUGGAUGUGAAAUUGAAGGUAUGUUGGAUACAGCUGGUCGUGUAAUUGAAGAAGGACCAGAACCAAGACCCAUAUUACCUGGCGAUGAACGUACAUUUCGUGUAUGGCUUGAUUGUAAUCAAUAUCGUUUGGAUAUGGAUAACGCUAACAAGGGUAUAAUGGAUGACGUUUACGAAAACUUUAACAUAUUAAUUCGCCGCAAACCAAAGGAGAAUAACUUUAAGGCCGUACUUGAAACAAUCCGAGAACUAAUGAACACUGAAUGUGUUGUACCGGAUUGGUUACAUGACAUUAUAUUAGGGUAUGGAGAUCCAGGUGCAGCACAUUAUACACGAAUGUCUGAUCAAAUUUCAACAUUGGAUUUUAAUGAUACAUUUUUGGAUAUGGAUCAUUUACGUAAUAGUUUCCCAAAUUAUGAAAUAAAAGUAAAAACUAAUGAUCCAACAAAAUUGGUUAGACCAUUUAAAAUUACUUUUGAAAAUCAUGACGAUGAUGAAGAGAGUGGUAAAGCAGAGGAAAAAAUGGAAGACGGUAAAAAACCAGUAUUAAUUGUUGAACCACAUGUAAUUCCAAAACGUGGUCCUUAUUUGUAUAAUGAACCGAAGAAAAAUUGGAUACCUUUUACACCAACUCAAGUGGAAGCUAUUCGUGCUGGUAUGCAACCUGGUUUAACACUUGUUGUGGGUCCACCUGGUACUGGUAAAACUGACGUCGCCGUUCAAAUUAUAUCGAAUAUUUACCAUAAUUGGCCACAUCAGCGAACCCUAAUUGUCACACAUUCCAAUCAAGCUUUAAAUCAGUUGUUUGAAAAGAUUGUUGCUCUUGAUAUUGAUGAAAGACAUUUAUUACGUUUAGGUCAUGGUGAAGAAGCUUUGGAUACGGAAAAAGAUUUCAGCAGAUAUGGUCGAGUAAAUUAUGUUUUGGCUAAACGAUUAGAUCUGCUCGAACGAGUUGCUCGCCUUCAAGCUGCUUUAGAUGUGCCUGGUGAUGUAUCAUAUACAUGUGAAACAGCUGGACACUUUUUCCUAUAUCAAGUGUUAGCCAGAUGGGAAAAAUUCUUAAGCUGUGUAAAACCAGCUGAUGGAAAGCCAGUUGCUGUAAAAUCUAUAAGUGAAGAAUUUCCAUUUCAUAAUUUUUUCGAAGAUGCUCCAAAACCUUUAUUUAAAGGUGUAUCCUAUGAAGAUGACUUGGAGAUUGCCAACAGUUGUUUCCGUUAUAUUGAACAUAUAUUCAACGAAUUGGAAGAAUUUCGUGCAUUUGAAUUAUUACGUUCUGGAUUGGAUCGAUCAAAAUAUCUUUUGGUGAAAGAAGCUAAAAUUAUUGCUAUGACAUGUACGCAUGCUGCGUUAAAACGAAAAGAAUUAGUCGAUAUGGGAUUCAAAUAUGAUAAUAUACUUAUGGAAGAAUCUGCACAAAUUUUAGAAAUUGAAACAUUUAUUCCAUUAUUAUUACAAAAUCCUCAGGAUGGAUACAAUCGAUUAAAACGAUGGAUUAUGAUUGGUGAUCAUCAUCAAUUACCACCUGUUAUAAAAAAUAUGGCGUUUCAAAAAUAUUCAAAUAUGGAACAAUCACUAUUUACGCGAUUAGUUCGUUUAGGUGUUCCUACUGUUGAUUUAGACGAACAAGGAAGAGCUCGUCCAAGUAUUUGUAAUUUAUAUAAUUGGCGAUACAAACGUCUUGGAAAUUUGGCACAUGUACAAAAUACACCUGAAUAUCAAAUUGCCAAUGCUGGUUUCUUAUUUGAUUACCAAUUAAUUGACGUUGGAGAUUUCAAUGGUGUUGGUGAAUCAGAACCUAGUCCAUACUUUUACCAGAAUUUAGCUGAAGCAGAAUAUUGUGUAGCAGUAUUCAUGUAUAUGAGAUUAUUGGGAUAUCCGGCUGAAAAAAUAUCAAUUUUAACGACAUAUAAUGGACAAAAACAUUUAAUACGUGAUGUUAUCAAUAUACGAUGUGCUGAAAAUCCUUUAAUGGGAAAACCAAACAAAAUUACGACUGUCGAUAAAUAUCAAGGGCAACAAAAUGAUUAUAUUUUACUAUCAUUGGUACGUACCAAAGCAGUUGGGCAUUUACGUGAUGUACGUCGAUUGGUUGUAGCAAUGUCACGUGCACGUCUAGGUUUAUAUGUGUUUGCUAGGGCAAAUUUAUUUAGGAAUUGUUUUGAGUUGACACCAGCAUUUAAACAGCUUAUGGACAAACCUGUUCAAUUACAUCUUUUGCCAGGAGAAAUGUAUCCAACUAAUCGACAUCAUUUAGCGAAGCCACAUGUUCCACCUAUGGUUAUAAAAGACAUGGCACAUAUGGCUAAUUAUGUAUAUAAUAUGUAUAUGGAGAAAUAUAAAGCAAUUGAGUCAUAUUAUGAAAAAACGAAACAGUGGAAAAAACCAGGAACAUGUGAAAUUGAUUCUGAACCACAAAGUUAUGCAUCAGUACAUCCAGGUGACGAUCGUGGCAGUGAUAGUGAUGAAGAAGAAACAUCAAUAUCAAAACAACCAAAUAUUCCGCGGCCAAUGGAAGAAGAGGAGAUUUUAGUACCAGAAGAAAUUAUUUCCGGAUCAACAAAUUCAAAAUCAACGGACGUCCAGAAUAAACAAAAAGAUGUUGAAGAAACUACGGAAGAUGAUUCAGAAAAUGUUGAAACAGACACGUAAAUUAAAUAAUUUUGUGUAUGAGUGCGUUUUUAUGAAUUCAUUUUUGUAAGAUAAAUAAAAAAAUAUUUUUAAAUUAAA